AUGCCGCCCCCUGCGCAGACCGUAGCGGGCGGUUCAACAUUUGACAAGAUGAAAAUGGGUGCAAUGAUGGGGAGCAUGGUGGGUUUAUCCAUAGGAGCGAUUUUUGGAAUAUUUUCCAUCCUCCGUGCUGGACCUGGACCUAGAGGUGUGGUAGCUACAUUAUCACAAUACAUGUUAUCAUCCGCUGCUACAUUUGGUUUUUUUAUGUCUAUUGGAUCUGUGAGUUGA